UGAUAAACAAACUUCUCUAAUACCUGUACACACGCACGCGCGCCUAUUACAAGACGCGCACGUGAAUUAUUCGACAAAAAUCUACAUAAUUCUAAAUUUUCAAGUAUUGGAACUUACUCGCUGAAGUGAAAUGAAGAAAGUUUAAAGAUUAAACAUAAGUGUUCUUGCUUGCGUGAAUACAUGGAAUAUACUUUACCGUAAUAAUGUGAAAUUGUUCUAAUGAAAGUUUUUAAGAUGAAAAUAUAAAGAAUAAAAAAUAAUAUAAUAGCAGUGGAUAUUGAGUAAUGUAUAUCCAUGUUAAAUAACAAUACUGAAAAAAGUGAAAACACACAACUUUGUUUUUGUUUUGUUUUGUUUUCAAUAGUGAUAGACUAUAGAUGCGAUUUAAUGUUUUGUAAGUAAUUUUCGAAAUUAUAUCAAAUCUUAGAUGACCAAAAAUAAAUUUCCAAUUUGAAUAUUUGGAAAUAAAGGUCCUGCAUUUGUGUCACAACUUUUAAUAUGAACUGUUAAAUUGGAUUUGAACCGGAUAAAAACGGCACAAUGGUAUUACAUAAUUAUAUUUGUUUAGUGAAGACAAAUUGUUUGGCACUCAACUCAGACACUUAGAUAUUUUUCUGGAAUGUAGAUUAAAACAAAAGAGGGUGUAUCAGAGAGAAGUAAAAUGUUGAAGACAUUGCUUCCUUUGUUGCUGCUAAUUGAAGGUAUAACCUGCAAGUGGUUCUGCGGAGAAAACGAACUACGAUGUAUAGAUGGUACAUGUGUACCUAACAGUAAACGAAUGGAUGGAAGGAAAGACUGCCCCGAGGGCAGGUAUGAUGAAGAAACAGACCAUAGACUCUGGUGUAAAACUACUCAUGGAAACUGUGCAAAUGGGAAAUGUAUACACAAGAAGAAAUUUGAUGACGGCAUUAAUGACUGCGGGGAUAACUCAGACGAAGUGCGUUUUCCAUGUACACCGCCACUAUAUUCAUGCAAAAGCACCCCGGUAAUCUGCAUCAACAUGUCAAAUUUAAAUGAUGGCGUCACAGAUUGUCCUGAUGCGUCUGAUGAAGUUAAACGCCUAUUGGGCAGUUGUGGUUUAAACAACGAGUGUGAAGGGAAUUGCACGUGCGGCAGAUAUAUUCCGCAAUCAGUUUGUUUGAAUGACACAUGCAUGUGUGACACUGGAUACCGAAUAGCGGGGAAUAGGAAAAUUUGCAUAUCACGAAAAUUAAAGGACUCUUGUUCUAAUGAUACAGACUGUUCUGUUGUUAUGAACAACACAAUAUGUGCUGAACAAGUUUGUAAAUGUGAUGUUGGUUAUAUAGCAGAUAGUAAAGACACCUGCAGAAAAGUUGUCAUUGGAGACGAAUGUGAUGACGACCAUGAAUGUUUGCUGUUUAACAAUCAUAGUAAAUGUAAAGCAGGGAUAUGUGAUUGUGCUUCUGGAUAUUACACCGAUAACUCAACAUGCCUCCCUCACCACAUUGGAGACGUAUGUAAUGUAACUGAGGAUUGUUCAAGUGUCAUUGACGACAGUGUGUGUGACAAUGCAACAUGUAUAUGUGAUAUUGGUCAUUAUGCUAGUGAUAACAAGGAUAUAUGUCUUAGAAGAAAACUAGCAGAUACGUGUAAGGUAGAUGAAGACUGUCAAUCAGUAAUUAACAACACAAUUUGCAAAGAUGGAUAUUGCUCAUGUGUAGGAAAUAGAAAACCGGUACAAAAUCGUACUGCGUGUGUUCAAAAUGAAAUAGGUGACGAAUGCAACAUGGACAGCAAUUGUGAGCUGAUUGAAAACAGUUUCUGUUUCAGAAAUAAAUGUACGUGUAACUAUGGUUACCAUGACUAUGAGAGCAAUAAGACAUGUAUAAGACGAAAAUUACUUGAUAGAUGUGACGUCCACGGUGAUUGUUUUUAUGCUGUUAAUUCAAGUUUAUGUCAAUCGGGAAUAUGCCAGUGUGAAAAGGGUUUGAUAGAAGAAAACAAUUAUACAGUGUGUCGUUCUCGAGUGUUAGGGGAUACAUGUAGCGAUUUAUUCGAUUGUUCUUUAUCAGUUCAUUAUUCUAACUGUACGAAUAACACCUGUAAUUGUUUGUUUGGAUAUCACUCCUCGAAUGCCAGCACGUGUCAGCUUAGAAAAAUAGGAGAUGAAACAUGUCAGAUAGAUCGGGAUUGUGAAGCUGCUGUGUCAAAUAGUGAAUGCAGGAAUAAUACAUGCUUAUGUCUAUCUGGAUUCAUGGAGAUGUUUAAUGGUUCAUUCUGUGCAAAACGAAAUAUAACUUCUUCUUGUGAAUUGAAUGCUGACUGCAGUGAUUCGAUGAAUUAUAGUUUGUGUGUGAAUAAAACUUGUGAAUGUUUCUCCGGUUUUAAAGCUGUUAAUGAUGACAGAGCUUGUGAACUUCGUGUACUAAAUGACACGUGCGAAACAGAUUCCGAUUGCAGUGACGCAAUGACAAAUACUAAUUGCUCAUUUGGAAGAUGUUUCUGCAAUUCAGGGUACAAAUCUACUCAAAUGAAAGACGUCUUAGAAAUUUACACCAAAUUACCCGCUCAUAAUACUCUCUUAAAUGACAGUUCGCCGUCUGCAGUUAGCAUGAGGAAUUCCGAAAAUGAAAUGCAAUGUGUUUUAAGACAAAUUGGAGAUGAAUGUGUUGUUAGCACUGAUUGUUCAGAUGCUGUGCCAAAUAGUCUCUGUGAAAACAAUACGUGUGUUUGUAAACAGGGAUACAAAACAGGAGUCAACUCAACAUUUAUAUGUGAACCAAAUAAAAUAUCCGAUGUAUGUAACGAAAACGCAGACUGUACUUUGGCGGUGAAUGAUAGCAUUUGUGCAAAUCGAGAAUGUAAAUGUAUUAGGGGAUUUCAACACAGUGAUGAUAAAACUGAGUGUAACCGUCGAAAGAUCUUCGACAAUACAUGCUACUCAUCCAGUGAUUGUUUCAUGGCCGUGACGUACAGUAGCUGCAUAAAAAGUCAAUGUUUAUGUAACUCUGGUUAUUACGCGUCUAAUGGGAAUCGCACGUGCACAAAGUUCAAAAUAGGGGAUAACAAUUGCACAAUACUUGAUUGUAAGGAGGCGGUAUCAAGUAGCACUUGCAGGAACGGACAGUGUAAAUGCAUAAACGGUUAUAUGGCAGAUAAUAACAAUACAGUGUGCAACAAACGUAUUUUCGGUGACCCAUGUAAUGUAGAUAUAGACUGUUCUGCAGCAGUCUUACGAGGUUUAUGUAACGGAACGUGCGUAUGUGAAUCUGGUUAUGAGCCCAAACCUGAUCUUGCAUCAAGAAUGUGCGUGAAAACUCCAAAGAAGUUGUUAGAUACUUGUAGCUUUGAUGAACAAUGUUAUCGUCUUGACAACAUCAGUAGCUGUGGGCACAUUAUCGGGUUUGAGACUAGAUUCAACUUCUGCGUUUGUAAACCGGGCUUCUUUGUACGUCGUGACCUAGUUGAACAAUGGAGUUGUUAUGAACCCCGAUUUAUAGGUGACUUUUGUGAAACUCGUGCAUGGUGUCAUUUUGGAGGAAAACCCGUGUACUGUGACAACAACGAAUGUACGUGUAGACGUGGACAUAUACCGAACGCAACCUAUAAUGGCUGCAUACAUUUGCCGGAAGCGGUUGGGGAUUUCUGCCGAAAUGAUUCUCACUGCAGCGCUAUACCUAAUUCCGAAUGCUAUGUUGGUGACAAGAAUAACACGUGCCAAUGCCAUUACAAAUACAUUUCGAGUCAGGAUGGCAGACAAUGUAUUCCCAGACAAUAUAUGUUCGAGCCUGUGGUACCACCAGUGGCUCUGGGCUUAAAGUGUGAAAAACGGAGUACAUGUGAGAGGUCAGAGGAAGGUCGUAAAUAUUGGCAAUGUGCCAAGGAAGUAGGUCGAACACACUCUCGUUGCCAGUGUGUACCAGGAUAUGCCAGUAAUUAUAGCUCCGAAAGGUUCAAAUGCCAAGAAAUUCAAACAUAUUAUUUCAAUAUUAACAUAUCUCACGAGCUUGGUUGUGAAAAAGGAAGUAAAGAAGAUAUACCAAUGUGUUACCAAUAUCAACCAGUUCGUGUUCUAAAGCAGUACAGCAAUGAAAAUACAAAACCUUUCUUAUACAUACGGGAGAGAUUUGUUCUGCUAGGGCUGGCCGCACUUUUCAACGACACCCCUGCAUUCAUCAGAGAUCGUUACAUGACUAGCGAGGUAUUGAACAUCACAGAAGCUGGUGAUCAGAUGACCGUCGGAGUCCUUGUAUACUUCCUAGCAGAUUAUUAUAAUAUCAUCAAUGAAACUGAAUUAGAGAACGAAAUGAUUAACAGUCUCAUACGAUCUAAUGGGGAAAUAGGAAAAAGCCAACUCAAAAUGUCAUGGCCUUUCGAUGCCGCUAUAGAAUAUAAAGAUUUUGAUGAGUGUAUGGAACAAGGUGGUCGAUUUUCUGACUGUGCUUCUAUCGCGUGGUGUUUGAACACACGUGUAUCAUACAUGUGCUCUUGCAAACAUGGGUACGAAGACUGGUCUGUUGAUAGUGACAAACGUCCCGGCAGAAUCUGCGAACUUCCACAGGACGUUACCACCGAUAGCUUGAGUUGUUCUGAUGGGAAGUGUGAAAAUCAAUGGGAAUAUAUAAGCCUGGCACUAGUUGGGUUUGGUUUCAUAUUAUUUUUCUUUAUUGGGUAUGAGAUAUACACUAGAAAGAAGAAGCUCGAAAAGAGUGACAUUUAUUACAAAUUACAAAAGGCGGCAAAGAAAGCAAAGUUAAAAGCUUUACGAGAAAGAAGAAAAACUAUAAAGAAAAAGAAAAAAGAUGAAGCAAAAGAACAGAAUCAAACAAAAGAUAAGG